CCUUCUUUUGACUCAAGUUCACGAACACUAACAUUACAUAUCUAUUGUAAGUUUCACGGCUGCUUGAAUACAACGAAAUUUGUUCUCUCAUUUUUAAACAGGGUCAGAUUUAUCCGCGAAUUUCAUCCCUUGCCGGAAAAUGCUCGUGUGCCUAGGAAAGCCAGGGUCAAUAAACGAGAUGAAAUUACCAUCGAAAACGGCGUUGCUCUGGAGCCAUCGUAUAUGUAUACGAUGUUAAGAUACACCUCUUCCGCCGGUAUCUUUCCUGUCGAAGGGCGGCAGGAAGAUGCGGAAGAGUUCUUGUCUUGCCUCCUGAAUGCCAUCAACGACGAAAUGCUCGAUUUAAUGAAACUGGCUAACAAUGAGCACAUCGACAUCAACGCGGAGAAGACCGAAGGCAAGGAAGAGGAGUGGAGAGUGAUAGGACCCAAGAAUAAGGGUUCUAUCACCCGAUCCACGGAAUUAGAACGGACUCCGUUGUCGGACAUAUUCCGGGGAAAAUUACGAUCGAGAGUAUCACGUCCCGGAGAACAACCGUCCGAUAAUGUGCAGCCGUUCUUCACUCUACAACUCGACAUUGAAAAAGCGGACUCCGUUAAACAAGCCCUCGAUAUCCUCGUGAGCAAGGACAGAUUAGAAGGCAUGACUUGCUCGAGGACGAAAAAACAAAUCGAGGCUUGGAAGCAGGUAACUUUGGAGGAGUUACCUGCUGUUUUAAUACUCCAUUUAAAAUGGUUUGUUUACAAAUAUAACGGAUGCUCCAAACUGAUUAAGGCAGUUGAAUUCCCGAUUGACCUUAAAAUUUUUACAGAAUUCCUAUCUGCAAAUACCGCAAGAAAGCUGUCACCGAAACAAAAGCAGUACAAGUUAUUUGCUGUGACGUAUCACGACGGGAAGGAAGCGACAAACGGCCAUUAUGUGACGGACUGCUUCCAUGUUGGUUAUGGUACCUGGGUGAGGUACGACGAUACCUCCGCGAAAGCGAUAUCGGAAGGUACUGUUUUAAGACCAGUACCUCCCCGAGUACCAUACCUAUUGUAUUACCGUCGGUGUGAUACAAUAGGUAAUAAUACUCAUAGCAAAUAAUACCAAUGUAUCGGUGUAAUAUAUUCUUGUUGGUAUUUUGUACAUAAAACUGUUGUAUAUAAAAGAAUUUGUUGUCUAUUGAAGAUAAAAAAGAGAAAUAUUUCUGUUUAAAUUACCGUCUUUCCAAAAAAAAAAAAUAUUUCUACGGAGGUUGUUGUUACAAGACUAUAUAUAGUUUUCUCGAAUUAUAGAUUAUAUAUAUAUAGACAGAAAUUAAGGCUAUAAUAGUGUUCCAAUUUGAAUUCAUGGUUUAAUGAAUCUAAAUAACGUUAUGUACUAUAACUCUAUACGUUGCAAUUUAUGAAGUACUAAGAGACUUUGUGUCCUGUAUAUAUGUGUAUGUUUAUGAUAUAGAGAAACACAUACAUAUACAGACAAGAACCUCUCCGUAAAAUUAAAAUCACGAAGUCUGGAACACCCUAUAUAUCCUUAUUUCCAAAUAUGAUUAUUAUAAUCGUAAAUUAUUAUAGUUUCCUAAAUACUCCGAGGAAACUAGCAAAAAUGUGAUAGGUUUUGAAGAAUGCUCUUAUACGAAACCGUGUGUAUAGAUUCUAGAAAUAUAACGAUUAUACGUAAACUCACGCGAAACGUGAGUUCUAGGUUAUUUUUUUAUAUGAUCAUCCUGUACAGCGGAAUUUAAUUCCAUUCUUGCCAGUCAUUUUUCAAUACACGUUACCAUUUUUAUAGCAUUUUCCACGCAAUCGCUGUACAUA